GGUCCUUCUUGUUUUACCCGCCGUCUCUCUCUCUCUCUCUACACACCCACCACAGGUCCACAACCCAAUCAUCACCGCCACAUAAAAUACUUGAAACAAACGGAACAAAACAAACACCAUAGAUAAACCCAAAAAGAAACCCUAGCCCAUCAUAUCCCAAGACUCUCCCUGCCUUUCCCCCCUUUUCCUUGCACAAAAGAAAACAAAAAGAAAAUAUACAGGAAACAAGAGUUCUCACGUCCAUGGCCUCAAACCACGGCGGUUCCCCAUCACCACCAGCAAAGGUCUCUCUUUCCACCCCACCAGGUUCUUCUUUUCCUAUAAGAGCUCCCCUAACUGUUGAUUCUGAUUUUGAAUAUUCCGCUUCAACUAACGGCUAUGAAAACCAGAACACUAGUAGUAGCAGUGAAAGCAGUGGGUUUGAGUCUGAGGGGUUUGUUAGUGGCGAGGAUGAGUUUGAAACGGCGUUGGAAAGGCCAUUUUUCGCUGACCCAGAUGAUGAAACCCUCAAAGAGACUCAUGUUGUUGAGCAAUAUGGUGUUUCUAGGCCUUUUGUGACUAACCCGUAUGGAGAAAUCAAGGAAGAGAGUGGUUCUGUUAAGGAUUAUGACUUUUCUAGGCCUUUUGAGACGAACCCGUAUGGAGGAAUCAGAGAAGAGAGUGGUUCUGUUAAGGGUUAUGGAAUUUCUAGGGCUUUUGUUAGUGACCCACAUGGAGAAAGGAGGGAAGAUAAUGGUCAUGAUGAGGACUGUACUGUUUCUAGGCCUCUUGUGAUAGAUUCAGAUGAAGAAACCUUAGCAACAAGCACCAUGGAAGAAGAGGAUGAAUUUUCUGAUGAACCGGCCGUUGUUGAUGUUGGGAAAGUGGGUGCCCCCAUUGCUAUGUUGACGAGGGACAGCGACGAUGAUUCUGUGGGUACCGAGGAGGGGGAUGAUUUUGGGUUUCCUGGUGCAGUUAGGGUACCGGGUAUUCAUACUAUCGGGAGAACUGAUAGUGCUAUUAAAGUUGAAGGUCUUGGGGUUGAUGAAGACGAAGAGGAUGAGUCUCAGUUUGAGCCAGCGUUGGAAGCUGAAGUUGAAGUGUGCAUUGGAGUGAAGGAAUCUGUUGCUGAUAAUGGCUCUGUUAUAUCUGAAUCGAUUGAAGAUGAGGUUCCUGAUGAUGCUGAAGAAGCAAAAGUGGAGUCUUUUGUGGCAAAGAAAGACGGUGUUCUCCACGAAAAUUCAGAAAUUAACGAAGAUGAUUCAGGUUUGGUUUAUGGUAGUGAAGUUGAAACUUUGGCCGAAGUUGAUAUGAAUUGCCUAAACAGUGAAAACAAAGUUGUUGAUGAUAGCAAUCAUGAUCUAUUGGAAGGUAUAAAUGAACAAAGAAUUGAGUCCGGUGUUCAAUUGCAUAAUUUUGUUGAUUGCGGCAGUGUUGAACCAGUUGACAGUGUAAUUGCCGAAAAUGGCAUUCACAAUACAGACAGCAGUAGAAUUUCAAAACCGCAUUCAGUUCAGGAUGCAAAUUGUCAUGGGAAUGGUCUUUCAAUACAAACUUCCGAAGGCAAAGUAAUGGAAAAUAGGCUGCACAGAGAUCCACAGAUUCUUGGUUCUAAUUUAGACCCUGAACUUGAAUUAAAAGCAGAAGUGGAAGAUGAAGCAGCCCACGAUUCAGAAAAUUCACAACAUUAUUUAGAGGAUUUUCCAGGUUUGGUCAUUGGAGCCUCAGACAAAACCAAGAUAAUUAUAGGUGAUGUUGGACAAAAUUUAACCCCCACUUCUCGUGGUGAGAAUUUGCAGGAUCUCCUACAGAAGACUGAAAGGGCAAUUACUGUGGACUCGGAUGCUGAAGUGGACACAAACGAGGAAAACGAUGGAAAAGAAUUGUUUGAUUCCACCAUAUGGGCUGCUCUUUUGAAAGCAGCUGCAGGUGGUGGAUCUGGUGGUGGCAAUUUCACAGUCACCACUGCUAAUGGUUCGAGAGUCAUUUCUCUGGAGCAGCCUACUGAUAAUUCAGAGCUCCCUGCUAGUUCUGGGGUUGAAUCUGAGGCAACCCUAAGUGAAGAGGAAAAGAAGAAGAUUGACAAGAUGCAAAUAAUAAGAGUGAAAUUUCUCAGGCUUGUCCACAGACUAGGACUGUCUUAUGAAGAUUCCAUAGCUUCACAGGUUUUAUACCGGUUAGUCCUUGCUGCGGGAAGGCCCACAAGUCAAUUAUUCAGCCUUGAAAUGGCCAAGAGGAAGGCUAUGCAGCUUGAGGCAGAAGGUAAAAAUGACCUAGAUUUCUCCUUGAAUAUUUUGGUACUUGGGAAAAUUGGAGUUGGAAAGAGUGCAACCAUAAAUUCCAUUUUGGGUGAAAAGAAAGCAUUAGUCGAUUCGUUCAAACCAGGAACGACCUCUGUAAAUAACAUUGUUGGAACAAUAGAUGGAAUUAGGUUUAGAAUAUUUGACACUCCUGGUUUGAGAUCUUCUCUUAUGGAACAAACGGUUAACCGGAAGAUUUUGUUGUCCAUAAGGAAAUUAACAAAGAAAUUCCCCCCGGAUGUUGUCCUAUACAUUGAUCGGUUGGACACGCAGACAAAAGACCUCGAUGAUUUGCCUUUAUUAAGGUCAAUUACUAGCUUACUUGGGUCGUCGAUAUGGGACAAGUCCAUUAUUACUCUUACCCAUGCUGCCUCUAACCCUCCUGAUGGGCCCACUGGGUUGCCCUUAACCUAUGAUUUAUUUGUUGCCCAAAGAUCACGCGUUAUUCACCAGUUGAUUAGCCAAGCAGUUGGCGAUCUUCGUUUGAUGAGUCCAAGUCUUAUGAGUCCAGUGUCUCUUGUUGAAAACCACCCAUCUUGUCUAAUGGUGCUCCCUAAUGGAGAAAGUUGGAGACCGCAGUUAUUGCUUUUGUGCUACUCAAUAAAGAUUCUAACUGAGGCAAAUUCUGUGGCGAAAACUCAAGACCUUUUUGAUCAUCGAAAGCUCUUUGGCUUCAGGGUGCCAUCCCUACAUCUGCCGUACUUCUUGUCGUCUUUAUUGCAGUCUAAUGCCCAUCCAAAACUUCCUAAUGAGCAAAGUGGUUACAAUGUGGAUUCGGAUACUGAGUUGGGUGAUUUGUCCGCUUCUGACAAUGAAGAUGAAGAUGAAUAUGAUCUACGACUCCCACCAUUCAAGCCUCUGAAGAAAGAACAGAUUGCUAAGCUUAGCAAGGAGCAUCAGGAAGCUUAUUUUGAGGAGUAUGAUUACCGGGUGAGGCAUCUUCAAAAGAAGCAGUUGAGAGAGGACGUGAAAAGGUUAAGGGAGUUGAAAAAGAAUAGAGGCAAAGAUGGUCAAACCAGUUACGAUGGUUACGCGAAGGAAUCUGGUGAUGAGGAGAGUGGAAGUCCAUCAGCCGUAGCAGUUCCUUUACCUGAUAUGACACUCCCACCUUCUUUUGACGGAGAAAAUCAUACUUACAGGUACCGAUUUCUGGAGCACACAUCGCAACUUCUUACAAGGGAGGUUAUGGGUUCACAUGUGUGGGACCACGACUGUGGAUACGACGGCGUCAUCCUCGAAAGCAAUCUCGCAAUUGCCGGUCGUCUCCCAUCUGCGAUAGCGGUCCAAAUAACAAAAGACAAGAAAGAUUUCAAUAUCCAUUUGGAUUCCUCUGUCGCAAUGAAGCAUGGGGAGAGCGGAUCGACAAUGGCAGGACUCAACAUCCAAAAUUUUGGAAACCAGCUCGCUUACAUUCUCAAGGGUCAAACCAAGUUGAAAAUUUUGAAAACAAAUAAGACUUCUGCUGGGGUAUCGGUAACUUUCUUGGGUGAAAACAUUGCCACUGGAGUGAAAAUUGAGGAUCGAAUCACCAUUGGAAAACGGUUGGUUUUAGUGGGAAGUGUUGGAAUAAUCAGGUCUCAAGGGGACACAGCAUGUGGGGGAAGCUUCGAAUUGCGACUCAGGGAAAAGGAUUUUCCUAUCGGACAGGACCAAACCACGGCAAGCCUUUCUCUGAUGAGAUGGAGAGGGGAGGUUAUAUGGGGUGGAAGUCUUCAGUCGCAGUUGUCCAUUGGAAGAAGUUCUAAAGUCGUUUUUCGAGGUGGACUGAAUAGUAAAUUAAAUGGGCAAGUAUCUGUUAGUAUAAGCAGCUCAGACCAACUUCAAAUCGCGCUAUUGGGUAUUCUUCCGGUUGCUAACGCCAUUUUCCAGAACUUUUUCCCGGGAUUCGGUGAGAAAUACGUAACCCAGUAGGUGAUGUUUCUUAACUUUGUCUGAUGCCCUUCUUCUCUGUCUCACUACAGAGAAGGAAAUGAGAAUUUAUACAAGUCAUGGGUUCCUGGUUCUUGUAAUGAUUUAGUUUUCUGUUCUACUUUUGUAUUGUUGAGAAGGAAAUGAGUCAAUUCACGAGUCAUGGGUUUUUGGUUCUUGUAA